AUGGAUCUUCAAAUCCUCUACUUUACAUCCAUUUUAUCCAUUUUCAUUUUUUUGCUUAUGGCACACAAAAUAAUGACAAAGAAAUCUACCUCAACUCCAAAUUUACCACCAGGGCCAUGGAAGCUACCUAUCAUAGGGAACAUACACAACCUUGUUGGCUCACUUCCACAUCAUAGGCUAAGAGAUUUAUCAGCAAAAUAUGGACCCUUGAUGCAUCUGAAGCUUGGAGAGGUUUCUACUAUAGUGGUUUCAUCUCCUGAGUAUGCUAAAGAAGUGUUGAAAACCCAUGAUCUUAUUUUCGCAUCAAGGCCUCCUAUCCUAGCUUCAAAGAUAAUGAGUUAUGAUUCUCUUGGAAUGGCUUUUGCACCUUAUGGUGAUUAUUGGAGACAGUUAAGGAAGAUUUGUACAUUGGAGCUAUUAAGCUCAAAACGUGUACAAUCUUUCCAACCAAUUAGAGAGGAAGAGCUCACUAAUCUCAUCAAAAGGAUUGCUUCAAAAGAAGGGUCAUCUAUUAAUCUCACCAAAGAAGUGUACACAACAAUAUCUACAAUCAUUUCAAGGACAGCACUUGGUAACAAGUGUAGGGACCAUAAAAAAUUCAUAUCAGCAGUAAGGGAAGCCACAGAGGUUGCUGGAGGCUUUGACUUGGGAGAUUUGUACCCUUCUUUUGAAUGGCUUCAACACAUCUCUGGGUUGAAGCCUAAGCUUGAGAAGUAUCAUCAACAAACCGAUCGGAUUAUGCAAAACAUCAUUCAUGAGCAUAGAGAGGCCAAGUCAAAUGCCAAAGAAGGCCAUGAUGAAGAAGUGGAGGAUGAUGUUGUAGAUGUGCUCAUGAAGCAAGAGUUUGGUUUAAGUGAUAAUAGUAUCAAGGCUGUGAUUUUGGAUAUAUAUGGAGGUGGAACUGAGACAUCAUCUACUACCAUAACAUGGGCAAUGGCAGAGAUGAUGAAAAAUCCAAGAGUAAUGAAGAAGGUACAAGAUGAGGUAAGAGAAGUAUUUGAUAAAGAAGGACAACCCAAUGAAAGUGACAUGGAGAAUCUAAAAUAUUUGAAAUGUGUUGUGAAAGAGACAUUAAGAUUACACCCUCCAGGUGCUCUUUUGCUUCCAAGAGAGUGUGGACAAGCUUGUGAGAUCAAUGGAUAUCAUAUACCUAUGAAAAGCAAGGUCAUAAUCAAUGCUUGGGCAAUUGGAAGAGAUCCAAAUCAUUGGACAGAGGCUGAGAAGUUUUAUCCUGAGAGGUUCAUAGAAAAUUCUAUUGACUACAAAGGCAAUAAUUUUGAGUACAUUCCAUUUGGUGGUGGAAGAAGAAUAUGCCCUGGCCUAACAUUUGGCUUAACCAAUGUUGAGUUUCCACUAGCAUUGUUGAUGUAUCAUUUUGAUUGGAAACUUCCCAAUGGAAUGAAGAAUGAGAAUUUGGAUAUGACUGAGGUUUUUGGGAUAUCAGUUUGUCGAAAGGAUGAUCUAUACUUGAUUCCUAUCACUUUUCAUCCUUAG